UGCAUUUCUGCCUAUGGUUGUCGUCGGUUGUUCGACCCCCGAUUGACAGGCGUCAGUUUUCCACAGCGUCCCGAGUUGUUGGUGCUUUUCUGUUCGAGUCUGCCGCUCGUCUUCACAACUCUGUCGCGGCCACUCUUCCACGACAUGGUAUUGGUACACCGGCAAUUCAUCAUCGGCUGGGGCCUGGCGCAGACGCGUCUCUUCUUCGACCUGUUCACACGCACCGCUUCGCUGUACCACAUGGUCUACUGGGCCUACAGAGUGCCGAUCAUCCGCACCCUCUGGACCUGGUACUGCCAGCUGAAGGCGCAUCGGGCGGCGAUGCGGUCGCGACCGCCGCUCUGGCGCGUCCUCUUGCGCAAGUCCAUCCUGCGCCUCUUCGACUCCGGCACCGGAUCCGGGGCUCGACGCACGCCCGCCGGUCGACACAGCCGAGCCGGUCCGAGACGCCGGCAAGCCGGCGGCCACAGGCCCGGCCACCAGCGGGCUCGGUUCGACAAUGGCGCCGUGUCCGCAGCCGGCAGACUCGGCGUCGGAUCGGCCGGCGAGGCUGGCGGGGACUCGAACGACCGGCGACUGACGGAGGACUUGUGUGGCGGCGGCGGCGGUGACGAGGCGCGGAUGUUCGGCCAGUUGGACGGCUACAUCUGGCCGCAGCGUCUGGGCACCGGUAACACGGUACAGGUGGGCGCCAACGGGGUGAUCAUGGUACAGCAGUCGCUGAUGCUGGCCAACGGCCAGCUGCCCGGCAUGCUGAUGGUUGGCGACGGCGGCGGCAACGGCGGCAGAGGCCUUCAGCCGCACACGCGGCCGUCGCCGUCGCCGACGCCGUUGUCGCCGUCGUCGCCGCAGGAGGGUCAGCCGAACAAGCCACAGUCGGCAGAAGAGUCGGCGGCCGGUCUGGAGCCAAGUCGCGAGUUUAGCCUCGUCUGCAAGCGUCUUCUGCCCAGCUGUAUCUACGCGCUGGCCUUUCUGUUCGCUCUGCCGGCGGCGUUCGCAUUCGAGCCCUUCAAGGACUCGCGAUUUCCUUUCCGGUUGGCAAGGUGCACCAUAAUUGUGCGUGUCUACUACUACUACGACCUGCUGCUGCUGAUCGCGCUGCCGACGAUCGCGAUGAUCGCCGGCUUCUACCACGCCGCUCUGAGCAAAGACCGAGAAGCGGCGGCCAUUUCGAUGGCUCAAGGCACCGAGAUCGUCGUCCGAAUGGAGAAUGACGACCCAGCCAAAGAUACCGAUGGUGAAGACGAACUGCUCGCAUAG